AUGAAGCUCUUGAAUCUACUGACGAUGGCGGGGCUGGCCACAGCCUGCGCUCAUGAUCACGAUGAUAAGGAGUGGACAAAGGAGGAGCUUGACGAACUUGAACAGAAAUGGGGUUACGAGUGGCCAUUCGCCGGCAUCAACACCUUUGCCCACCUCAACCAUGUCAAGUGUCUCACUGAGCCUACUGAGCCCUAUGACAUUGCCAUCAUCGGUUGUCCAUUCGACACGGCCGUGAGCUACCGUCCAGGAGCCCGCUUCGGACCUCGAGCCAUUCGCUCUGCAUCUGCUCGCCAGACGUCGAUGCGUGGCUUCAACCCCAGAGCUGGUAUCAACCCGUACCAGAACUGGGCCAAGAUUGUUGACUGCGGUGAUAUCUCGAUCACUCCCAUCGACAACAACAUUGCUCGUGAGCAGAUGACUCAGGCGUUCAAGCAGCUUGGUCGCCGCAAGACUGUGUCUGCUUUGGCCCCUAAGCCUCGACUUGUGACACUGGGCGGUGAUCACUCACUGGCUCUCCCUGCUCUGAGGGCUUUGAAGGAGAUUCAUGGCAAGCCUAUUCAGGUUCUGCAUUUCGAUGCUCAUCUCGAUACCUGGAACCCAGCUGCCUACCCUUCAUGGUGGGGGGCCACUCAAUUCACCCACGGCUCCAUGUUCUGGAUGGCCAAUCAAGAAGGCCUACUCUCCAACUCCUCCUCUGAACGCUCCGUCCACGCUGGUCUGCGCACUCGUCUCUCCGGCAACGACUUCGCCGACAACGAGGACGACACAUCGCAGGGCUGGGUCCGCUUCACCGCCGACGACAUCGACGACAUCGGCACAAAGGGUAUCAUCGACGGCAUCCUCAAAGUCCUCGGCACCGAGAACCCCGUGUAUCUCUCCGUCGACAUCGACGUCCUCGACCCGGCCUUCGCCCCUGGCACUGGCACCCCUGAGCCCGGCGGUUGGUCCACACGCGAGUUCAUCCGCAUCCUCCGCGGUAUCGAGGGCCUGAACCUCGUCGGCGCUGAUGUUGUCGAGGUGUCGCCCGCCUACCAGAAUGGCGGCGAGGAGACUGCCCUGGCUGCUGCCCAGGUUGUCUACGAGAUUAUCAGCUCCAUGGUGAAGCGAGGUCUUCAGGAUGGUGGGAAGGAGGGUAACGGUGGCAAUGCCGCUGGUACCAAAGAUGAGUUGUAA